CCUACUCUCUUUCUCCAUCUUUCGACCUCAUUUCUUUUCUUUCGUCACUGCCCGUCUUUUCUUCUUCAGCUAAAACGACUAAAGCUAGCUUCAUACAAGGAUAAGGUAAACUUAUGCAUAUUAAUUGUAGUGUACUCAUAUUCAGAUAUUUUCUGCAUGAGACAUCUUCUCCCGGGUAGAAAGAUUGAAGAAAGACACAUAGCUAGAGGAAAAAGGAGGUAAUUUUUUGUGCACAUGGUCCUAGAAAGGUGUGUUUUAGCUUAGUGGAUUUUGUUUCAUUUCUGGUUAUAUAUAAUACCAUCUGAUUCUGCUAAAGAGGCGGCUUAUCCAUUUUAUUAAGCUUGCUUGCAUCAAAGUGAGAGCUAAAGUUCGGUGUUUCCCAUAUGUAUAUUGCUAUGCUAUGAGUGGAAGAUACAUGGUAGGAGUAUUCAAGAUGGAUUGCGGUGUUUUACUACUUUUUUUUUAAGUGGCUCUAGGAUCUAGGAAGAGACAAAUAUUUGUUAUUGAAAUACUACUAGUAUUAAGUUUGUAAUUCCUUUUUUUUUUUUGUGAAUUUGAGAAUAUUAAUCCAAUACAUAUAGUUGCAUAUAUGGAAGUGGAGCAAUAUGUAUUGGCCAUGUUAGAAUUUCGGUAGUCAGGUGGGGAGCUAGUAUAUCUUGUUUUGGUGCUCAAGAGUUUGUUUGGGAAUUGAUUGAAAAACAUAUUUAUGGGUAAAAAGAAAGCGGUGAAAAAGACAAAGGAGUUAUCAGUCGCAAUAGCAGAAUCAUCAUCCCUUGAUGCAGAAGGACAGCAGCAGCCUCUGACUCCUAGGAAAAGAGGAAGACCCCGGAAAAUUAUUGCUGAGAAAACUGAGGUGGAAGAAGUGAAGGAGGAAGAGAAAACAGCACAAGAGGAGGAGGCCCAUGAUGUUGAAGGAGGUGAUUCAAAGAAAGUGAAAACAAGCGAUGAAAAAGAAAAAGGGCAGCCAUCAAAGAUGAAAGAAGACGCCACAACGACGACGAUGACAACAGCAGCAGCAGCAGCAUCAUCCUCUUCAAAAAAGCAGCUUUCGGCUCCAAGGAGCAGAGCCAGGCGCAAAAGUAAGCCAAGGAAGAGCAGCUAAAUCUCGUAGUUCUUGGUUCCAUUAAUUCUUUCUUUCAAGAUUUUUUGGUUGAAUGGAAUUCAAGAAAGAAGAUUGGAGGAAAGAUCAUUAAUGAAUUAAUUUGCCCUUUUUUUUUUUUUGCCUUGUGUGGUUUAUGUUUGCUAAACUAAAACACCCACCAAAGGUGGGGUUUGGUUUGGGGAAUCGUGCUAAUGGUUUAGUAUUUUGUUUCUUUUCGUUCUGUUUUUCAUUUUUUUCGUUCGAUAUUAAUAAUUAAUUCAGCGGUUGUCUUCCACCUUUACACUAGGUUCUGGUUUUUCAUUGCCUUGUGCUGAAGUCUGCUGAAAUCCUGUGAGGUAAGAAAAUUUGCAGCGUUCUCAUUAAACUUGGCCAACAUUAAACAGAGAAAAGCUUGUAAUCCAAUCAAGGCCGUACAAAUUUUGUGUUGAUCGUUCUCUACACUUUACCGUACUUGCACCAUUAAAUAGUAGGUCAGGAACGAUGGUGAAUACACACUCUUUUUUUAGCUGACAUGUAUACUUUGCUGAAAUAGCAGGUACGUACGUUAUAAAUGAUAGGAUAGAUUAUAUGGUCAGAAAUGAAAACAUCUCGUAUAGCUUUUGUGUGUGUGGUUA